GCUGAGGGAGCUGCAGGGUGCAGGCUUGGUGAGCAGUGGGCUGCGAGCUGCCAGCGCACUGUGGCUUUGGGGUCUGAAGUGUUGAGUUUGGAGGGGAUUGUUUUGUUUGAGCUUGUCUGUCAUUGGAAUGGACCUUAAAGCUGUGUUUGCCUUGCAGUGUUUGGCUUUCAAUUUGACAUCUCCUUUCCGCAUGUCUGGUAACGCGAGUGAAAUCCAGGCUGCCUGCCCUGAGCCCCAGGGACAGGAGCAACAGACUGCAGCGGAGAGGGUGGCUGGCCUGCCCUUGGUCAGCUCUGCCUGUGAGAUGGCCUCUGCCAGCUACGCUGCCACCAAAGAGACCCACCCAGCCAUCAAAGCGGUCUGUGAGGUGGCAGAGACUGGGGUGAGGGCCAUCACCUCUGCUGCCAUCACCGGGGCACGGCCCAUCCUGGACCAGCUGGAGUCUCAGAUUGCAGCAGCAAAUGAAUGUGCCCGUAAGGGACUAGACACCCUGGAGGGGAAGCUUCCAGUGCUGCAACAGACUGUGCAGAAGGUGGUUUCAGAUGCCCAAGACCUAGUGCGUGCCACAAUGGUGGGUGCCAAGGAUGCAGUCUGCAGCACGGUCACUGAGGCCAAGGAUGCAGUGACCAGCAUGGUGGGUGUGGCCAAAGGGGCUGUCCAGGAGAGCGUGGAGGUGACCAGAUCCACAGUGACCAGCAGCAUGAACAUGGCUCUGGGGAAAUCUGUGCAGUUGAUGGAUGACUACCUCCCCAUGACAGAGGAGGAGCUCGCUGAGCUGGCAACCCCUGUGGAGGGGUCUGGAGAGCAGAAGAGUUACUUUGUGCGUCUGGGUUCCCUUUCUAUCAAACUCCGCCAGCGAGCCUACCAGCACGCCCUGGGCAAGAUGAGACAAGCCAGACAGCACACCCUGGAGGCCCUGUCCCAGCUCCAGCAAACCAUCGACCUGAUAGAACAUGUCAAGCAGGCCAUGAUUCAGAAGGUUCAUGAUGGGCAGGAGAAGCUGCAGCAGAUGUGGCUGGAGUGGCACAAGAGCCAGCUGGGAGGCAGUGAGGAUGACCGCUCACCACAGCCAGAGGAGAUGGUGUCCCAGGCUCUAGCCACUUCCCGUAACCUCAUCCUGCAGGUGCAGACCACCUGCCAUAGCCUCCUGCCCAACAUCCAGGGGCUCCCUACCACUCUCCAGGAGAAGGUCCAGCAAGCCUACCAGAACAUGGGAGAGCUCCAGACUUCCUUCUCCAAUGUCCAAUCCCUCCAGGAGUUGUCUGAGGGUAUCCUGACCCAGACUCGGGAGAAGUUGACCAAAGCCCAGGAGUCCCUGGAUGAGCUGCUGGAAUACGUGGUGCAGAACACACCUCUCACGUGGAUCGUGGGACCCUUCGCUCCUGCUGGAGACUCUGCUGGUUCUCCCACUGGCUCUGCAGAGGAGGCCAUAGCCUGAAUGUUUCAUAUCCAUAUCUGCUUCUCUUCCCCCACCCCACCAUGCUGCAGUUGUUUGUGGUGAACAGCAUGUCACAGGAGUUAUUGCAAUAACUCUCAUGGAAUGGAGGCAAAUCUUUUCACCUUGAACUGCAAACCCAGCACAGGUGGGCUCAUCUAAUACCUUAGUUUUGUCACCUCCCCACUAUAAGUGAUGGACAGAAUAAUUUCUCAUGAGUAGCCAACUGUCUAGAACACCCACCUAUUAAAUGGACCUUAGCUGGAAGCCUUCAGAAGGCAUGUGUCUCAUGGUGACUUGGCUUCUAAGACUGUUGAUUGGUCCUACUGAGCUGGCUCUCCCCUUCCUGCAAGCCCAACUUCCAGGCUGGAGAAGGUUGGGUCAGAGAUGGGACCCCCACUACCUUGGGAAUCCUGAGGUGUUGAGCACAUGCUGGUUACAGGGGGCUGACUCCAGUCCACCUAGAGGUUCUAAGGUAUGAUUUGUCCAGUGUGAGGGCUCCACCUGGCCUUCCUCCAAACAGCAUUCAACCAAUACUGCUAGUUCAGUUAUGGGUGUUCCUCCCACCUCUCGUUCCUGUACUGGAUUUCUCUAAGGUAACUGUAACUGAGCCUUGUUAAAGUGCAUAGGGACUGGUAGAUAUAAAAGGUCUCUGCUGGUGACUAAGCACUUCUGUAUGUUAACACAACUAGCCUCUUCCACAAUAAACACGAGCUGCUUUCAGACAA